UGCUCCUCCGCUCUGCUCAGUGAUGUUGAUGAGGGAGGAUGUGAGUCGCUACUCCACCACGCCCCGCCCCCAUUGAGAAGGCAGUGAUGCAAGGCAUGUCUCUGAGAAGCCUGCAACCCGUCCAGAUAGACGGGAUCACUUUGGACUACACUCCUCAUUUAUUGGUCCCCUAUAUGUUCUCCGCCGCUCGGCUGCACGGAUUAGUUUGAGGGGGUUUUAAAGCUGAAAAUUACUCCCAAACAGCUUGCUUUCUGCUUUUUGUUUUAUACUUAUUUAAUCAUUUCUGGAUCUAAAAAGUCGUAGUUCUGUAUUCCCUCCAAAUGCUUCGCUUGUCAGACUCGCUUUGCAUGUGGACAUAAGGCAGUGGGUUCAGUCAGGUGCUUCAACACAGGGGAUCUUAUUUAGGAUUUUUUUUUAAAUUCCUUUCCUUGUCCUGGACGCUCGUCCUUUAUUUUUCCAUUCACGAUGGCUGAUUCCAACGCUGAAUGCAAUAUCAAGGUGUUGUGUCGAUUCCGCCCGCUGAACCAGUCCGAAAUUACCCGCGGAGAUAAGUUCAUUCCAAUAUUUCAAGGGGAAGACACUGUCAUCUUUGGGGGCAAGUCCUACGUGUAUGACCAGGUCUUCCCCACUAACAUCACGCAGGAACAAGUCUACAACGCCUGUGCCAAACAGAUUGUCAGAGAUGUACUCGGUGGAUACAAUGGGACUAUCUUUGCCUAUGGGCAGACCUCUUCGGGGAAAACACACACCAUGGAGGGGAAGCUUCAUGAUCCCCAGGCUAUGGGGAUCAUUCCCCGGAUCGCCCAGGACAUUUUUGAACAUAUAUUUGCCAUGGAUGAAAACCUGGAGUUUCAUAUAAAGGUCUCCUACUUUGAGAUCUACAUGGAAAAAAUCCGUGACCUCCUGGAUGUGACAAAAACCAACCUGUCAGUGCAUGAAGACAAAUACAGGGUUCCCUAUGUGAAGGGCUGCACAGAACGGUUUGUCACCAGUCCUGAAGAAGUGAUGGAUGUGAUAGAUGAGGGGAAGGCCAACCGUCACGUUGCUGUCACCAAUAUGAAUGAGCAUAGUUCUCGUAGUCACAGCAUCUUCCUGAUCAACAUCAAGCAAGAAAAUGUAGAAACGGAGCAGAAACUGUGCGGGAAGCUCUACCUGGUUGACCUUGCUGGGAGUGAGAAGGUCAGUAAGACAGGUGCGGAGGGAUCGGUGCUAGAUGAGGCCAAGAACAUCAACAAGUCCCUAUCGGCUCUGGGGAACGUCAUUUCUGCUUUGGCUGAAGGGACGAAAACCCAUGUGCCGUAUCGUGACAGCAAAAUGACUCGCAUCCUGCAGGACUCACUGGGCGGGAACUGCCGCACCACCAUGUUUAUUUGUUGCUCUCCAUCCAGCUACAAUGAUGCAGAGACCAAAUCCACGCUGAUGUUUGGCCAACGAGCCAAGACCAUUAGAAAUACCGUCACAGUGAAUCUGGAGCUCACAGCGGAGCAGUGGAAGAAGAAGUACGAGAAGGAAAAAGAGAAGAACAGAUCGAUGAAGGAAACUGUACAAAGACUUGAAGCUGAGCUGAACCACUGGAGGAAUGGUGACAAUAAUGUUGUGCUGGGGCAGCUGGGUGAAGGAUUGGAGGAUGCCCCCUUUGUGCCUCUGGAUUUUGAAGAGGCAACUCUUGAAUUAUGCAGCCCAUGCACCCCCUGCACUCCUUGCAGCCCCUGCUCCUUAGCGUCAUCCAUUGUGGUUCACAUCUCAGAGGAAGAGCGGCAUAAAUAUGAGGAGGAGAUCCGCAAGCUGUACAAGCAGCUGGAUGAUAAGGACGAUGAGAUCAACCACCAGAGCCAGAUGGUGGAGAAGCUGAAGGAGCAGAUGCUCGACCAGGAGGAGCUUUUAGCUUCAUCCAGGGGAGACAGCGAGAAGGUGCAGUCAGAGCUCGGCAGGCUGCAAGCAGAAAAUGAGUCUGCUAAAACUGAGGUGAAGGAGGUGCUUCAGGCUCUGGAGGAGCUGGCUGUAAACUUCGACCAGAAAAGCCUGGAGGUCGAGGAGAAAAGCAUGCAGAACAAGGUGCUGGCUGAAGAACUUGGAAAGAAGAUGGCUCACCUCAGGGCUUUAGAGGCAGAGCUGUCCCGCAUGCAGGAGGUGAGCAGCCACCAAAGAAAACGCAUCGCUGAGGUUCUCAACGGCCUCAUGAGGGACCUGCGCGAGUUCAGCACUAUAGUUGGAAGCCGGGAAAUCAAGCUGCCUGUGGAGAUCACUGGUGCGAUCGAGGAGGAGUUCACAGUGGCUCGGCUCUACAUCAGCAAGAUUAAGUCAGAGGUUAAGUCCAUGGUGAAGCGCUGCCGACACCUGGAGAACCUCCAAACAGAAUGCAACCGAAAGAUGGAGGAAACUGGCAGAGAGCUGUCGUCAUGCCACCUCCUCAUCUCACAGCAUGAGGCAAAGAUUCGCUCUCUGACGGACUACAUGCAGAAUGUGGAGCUGAAGAAGCGACAGCUGGAGGACAGCUAUGAUUCUCUGACUGAGGAGAUCGCCAACCUCAGAGCUCAAGAAAGCAUGUCACAGAUGACCAAUGGGGAGAACAACACAUCUCUCCACAAUCUAUCUGAGAUGAAGAGAGCUCUGGAGGAGCAGAUGAAGUCGCACCGUGAAGCCCAAAGCAAGCAGCUUGGCCGCCUUCGAGACGAGAUCAAUGAGAAACAGAAGACCAUUGAUGAAUUAACAGACUGCAACCAGAAGCAGCAGCUGGAGUUGGAGCAACUGCAUGGCGACUUUGAAUGUCUCAGAAGUCGAGAGCAUCACAAGAGCCGGCAGCUGGAGGAACUGACAUUUCUCUGCGAACGGCAUGAGCAGUCAAAGCAGGACCUGAAAGGACUGGAGGAGACUGUUGCCCGUGAACUCUACACCCUGCACAACCUCCGCAAGCUCUUUGUUCAAGACCUCACGACCCGAGUCAGAAAGUGUACAGAGCUUGAACCUAAUGAUACCGGAGGAUUUAUCACUCAAAAACAAAAGAUUUCCUUUCUUGAAAACAACUUGGAGCAACUUAGUAAAGUUCACAAACAGCUGGUACGCGACAACGCAGAUCUUCGCUGUGAGCUUCCGAAACUGGAGAAACGUCUCCGCUCUACCGCCGAGCGAGUUAAAGCACUGGAGGGAGCGUUGAAGGAGGCGAAGGAGGGGGCCAUGAAGGACCGCCAGCGCUACCAGCAGGAGGUGGAGCGAAUCAAGGAUGUGAUGAGGCGCAAUCCUUUCCGCCGCCCCCACGCUGCACAGAUAGCCAAGCCUGUGCGUCCCGGCCACUACCCCCUCUAUCCUCCCAUCAACCACUUCUUCAUCCGGGGCUACAGCGAAAACCCCGUCGCUUUCUGCAAUGCCGGUUUCCAGAACAAAAACAACCAACCAGCAGCUCCCGUGGAUGCUCCCCCAGAACAUGACUCCGAGGCCAGAUUACCUAACGAUGAGUGCAACCAGAACAGUUCUGCAGAACUCCUCAACCCACAAAGUGACGAUGACAGCGACACUCAGAACAACAUGCUUUCAGAUGAAGCAGUAAGUGAAGCAGAGAAGUCUUCAGAAAUGCUUGAUUCAGAAAACGGAAACACCACAGAUUUCAAUGACAACCGCAUGUGUCUGAAUGUGAAUUCUGUGCCCAGAACUGAUGUCUGCGACAAUCAGGACGCAGCCAAACUCUACAAGUUGCAGAAUGAGGGUUCAGCCAGCUAAGGAAGGCGAAUGUUUCUGAGGCCUCCACUGUAAAUCUGCAUGCAGAUGAUCAAUGUUGUUCCAGAUUCCUCUUAUCUGCCCCAAACCCACCUGCUGUAAAAAGCCCUCUUUGUGUCAGUUUCCCAUCCUCAGCCUGUUCUUCUCUGGUUCCUUCUUCUUCCUGUGUGUGGGUAACAGUUUGGCAAGCACUGCAUCUCAAAUACCUGCCAGCCUACACCUGCUGCUGCACCCGGUCACUAUUACUUGAAAUAGAACGGUCCCAAAAUAGAGAGGUGGGGAGAGAGGGGCUGCAAUGCAAUCUGUUACCACCAGGGUGUGCUCAUUGACAUUAGGGGCAAACAAUAAAAAAUCUAUUUUCAACCCCAUAGUUAUUGUUAUCAUUAGUAAACUAUACACACGUUUCUAAGAAUACAAAAGGUAAAAUAUGACAUGAAACAGGUUGAUCCUUAUAGUCACUUUAUCAAUGUUUAUUCUUUAUAUGGCAUGUUUAUUUUUGAUGAAAGAACUCUUACGUUGAAAUUUUUCAGAGUACAGGGAUCUUUGUGUUGAAAUCUGUUAAUGGUUAAAAGAAAAUCCCUGAAACUAAAAAUAUUCUCCAGUAUUUCAGUGGACUUUACUCAACGUUUCUCAGUCAGAAGCUGACAAUUUCCUCUGAUUUAAUUUGGGGAAUUAAAAGCCUUCAUGUUACGUUUGUUGUUAAAAAAGAAAAAAAGGGAGUCAUUGAUAUAUUUCCCCUCAUUUUGAAAGGUAAAGUAAUUGUUAGAAUAAAAGUAAUACAGUUUUUCCUUUCCCUUACUUCAUCUUUUGAGAAAACAUGUUAUGAAUAAUGUAAUAAUUCUAUUUUUACUUCAAACAGACCCCAUAAACGAUCUUCAUAUUCUUUUUAUUCUAGAGCUCUAGUAGAGUUUACCUUUGAAACCUGGCAGCUGAUCAGCUGUUGUCACUUUUUGAUUAUUGUGUCAAACCAACUGGUUUGAUAUAAUAAGAAUCAUGGCCACGAGUUGAAUUUUCCAUUUUCCCCAUCAUUCAUAUCAUUUACUAUUUUAAAAUACAAUCUUUUGAAACUUAGACAAUGUGAUUGGUGAUUCUGAAUAUUCAAGCCUUUUCAUUAAUUAGACUUUUUUCAAAAUAAUUAUUUAUUCAGAUUAUUUGCGUUUUGAAAAUGUGUUGAUGUGAGCUUCUGGCAAAAAAAAAAAAAAGAGAAUAAAAUUAAAGACAAGAAAAUAAUGUCGCUAAACCUCAUAUCCAGAGAAGGUUGAGCUCUUGACCAAGCACUUUCAUUUAUGUUUACCUCAUUCUUUGAAACAACACUGUGACAGAUUGACAUCCAUUAACAAGAACAUAUGAGUCCCUUUAUGAUGGAUAAAAACACAUAAGCCGUGUUUUAAUUCUAUCCUUAAAGUCUGUUUCUAGUUUCAGUAUGCAUCUGGUGCAUCAAGGUUGAUAAAACAAUACCUGUAGUUGUUUGACAAAGAUUCUUCAUAUUUGAUCUUUUUACGGAUAAAUGUAUUUUUACAACACUGUACGUAACACCACAUAGCAGUGGCUUGCAAAAAUAUUUAUAACCUUUGAACAUCUUCACAUUUUAUCACCUUACAACCACAACUUUAAUGUAUUUUAAUUUGAUUUUGUUUGAUAGACAUUUUGUUUUAGAGGUUCACAGCCGAGUUCGGUUUUAAAGUUAGUUCAAAGUAUCGAACGUCUCGAGGUCAGUGGAUAAAUACAGAAACAUGCCACGUAUUUCAAAUAGUUAUUACUAAAUUAUUUUGAUUUGUAGUUGUGACUAAAUGUGAACAAAAUCAAGGAUAUGGAUACUUUCUCUAAGGCACUGCAGAGACUUUUAUAUGUUAAAUCUUGAAAACUUAUCUUCCAUUGCAUCAUCUUUCUUUUUUUUUAGAAAAUGUAAAACUAGUAACAGACGAUUAAAUAUUAUUUUUUCAACUGGUUUACAUUGUUUUCAUAUCUGCAUUUUCUCAUGAAGUGUCAGAGGAACCUAAUACCCAAAAAAGACGACAGAGCAACAAAUGUUCAAAAGAAAUCUUAUCGGAUAUUCUGUGGUUGACUUUUGUUGCCAUCACACAUCAUAAUUUGGGUUCACAUCAUUUGCUGCUGCAAAUAUGAACAGAAGUUAAAAACAACAUACAGAAAGAUUGUCUAAAUAUGUAGUUAUUACAUAUUUACAUGUCUAUUAUUCCCAUCAAACUGCUGUUAAAUUUUGAAAUAUAAUUUCAUCAGAGCAUGGCAAAGUAAAAUUUAAAUGUAGCAACUAUUUUUAUACUGAAAGAAUUCGUUAAAGAUCUAGAUUAUUUAUUAUUUGCUCUAUUUGAAAUGUGACUUAUUUGCUUCCUGAUUCUUCUUCCUUUAUACUGGUUGUUGAAUGUGAAAUAUUUGUAUUUUGUUGUGUAGAUGUAUUUUUCCAUGCCUUUUGUUUAGUGUAACGAUAAGAAGACUUUGUAUUUUCACCAGUUAUUGAAUGCAUGUAUGGAAGUGUAAUUGCAUUAUCAUUUUAUCAAGGUGAUGACUGAUCUUGCUCAACCACCUCAGGCGGAAACCAAAGGUGUUUAUCUUGUAGGGGAUCUUUAAAAGGGGACCUAACCUGCAACCUAUUUAAGCUGAGUUGAACAUAUGACAGAGGGGUUACUGUAGGUUAUCAGAAGAUGACGGAGUCCUGUUUUAGUCACUGACAGAUACAUCUCAUCUCGGCGACGUUUCUGACCUUUGAGAAUGCAGAUAAGUUAUGAGAACUGUGGUGGGUGCAGUUAGAGAUAUCUGAGCAGAUAAAGCAAUGGACCCAAGGUCUCAUAAUGCACAAAUAGACAACAUCUACAAACUGUCCAUCACGUCAUGAUUUCUCUGUUGAUAUCCUGAUCAGACAGUCAGGAUCACAGAGUCCAGGUGAACUGAACCAUCAUGUCUAAGCAUGUGCGUGUUCUCUAAUUAAAGCAUUUUCUGAACUUUAUUUGCUGUGAUCUCCUAACUAUAAAUACACCAAUAACCCCAAGCAAAUAUAUAAUUUCUUGCAAAAGCAGCCACACCAAUUAAGCGCAAGUUUCUCUGACAAUGCAAGGCCAAAUUUGAUGUAUUUUUGGUAGAGCAGUAUGAAAUAUUUUUACAAUUAUUUUUGUGGAUUAAUUGCUCUUUUUGAAAAAAAGAAAGUAGUUGCAAAAGUCUUAACAUUAAAGUUACUAACAAACCAUGUAGGAGACACAGCAAACUUGUGGAACUGUGUCACAGUAGCUCACCCUGACUACACCCCACCCUGUGUGAAACAAGGUGGCGGCAGCAUCAUAAAUAGUGGCUUAUCGACAUAAAGAAGUGGUCAGAAGCGAAAGGAGCAUUGAAGUAGGAAGGUUAAUGAAUGAAUUAAUUUUAUUUAUCUAUCCACUACUCUCAACCAUCUUUAUUACCUAUCAUCUGUUACGUAGCAUUUGUUCAGUUCAGGUCAUGAACUUAAAGUGGAGUUUGUUUGAAAAACCAACAGAAACCGUUUGCUGAAUCUGAACUGUUAACCUACUUUCAGACUGUGAAAACAGAUCUUAUGACAAACAUUAUAGAUUCCUCUUACGCCGCCUGUGUUUACCUACCAACCAAUCUGAAAUAAAUCUGGCAAGACAAACCUUGUGUGGCACUGUAUUCUGAAUGUGAACAAUAAGAAAUACAGAUUUUUUUUUUAUUUUUUAAAAAAGGGUGAUACUGUUUGUUUGUAUAGUUGUGUGUUGCUUUGUUUGUUUAUGGCUUAGUGCAUGGAGUACUUUCUUCUGUAGCUGCAAAGAAUCAUCUUUGUUAUGGAAAGUCAUUUCAAUAAAUAUGAUCCUGUGGACAAAAA